GGUGGGGCAAGCCACGCACGCAACACGUAAGCUCGUGCAACCCGGCUGUAAAUCGAUCGUCUUCUCACUUGUUUCAAGAGAGUAGUGCGUAGUACAUUUUCGAAAAACUUCAUCCAAGAGUCAUUGACAGAAGAAUAUCAUAAACUAAGAGAAUAUAAUAAUGACUAAACGUUUAGAAACCGUAGCCACAAUGGCUUGCAUGAAGACAUUGCUGAUGCUGUUCAAUUGUGUCUUUUGGGUCUUUGGUAUUCUGAUGCUGUGUAUUGGUAUUUGGAUGCGAAUAGAACUUCGCGACUACGUUGAUGUAAGCGCAGAAAGUGGAAGGGCAGCUUUAUUGGCGUUAGCAUGUUUAGGGGCGAUUUUAACCCUGACAGCAACACUUGCCUGUUGCUGCACAACCCAUGGUCACCCAGCACUUUUGUACCUGUAUGGCGCAUUUUUAGCUGUCGUUACAUUAUUGGAGCUUGGAGCUGGUGCAUCAAUCUAUGCUUAUCGUACCAAUUUAAAUGAUCAGUUUGGUCAAGAUUUCAACGAUACCAUGGCUGUAUAUGGACAAAAUGAAAGGAAAACUGCUGACAUCGACACUAUACAAUCUACUCUUCAAUGCUGUGGUAAUAGGGACUACACCGAUUGGUUAAAAAUGGUUCCGCCAAAGGAAAUUCCACGAUCUUGUUGCAAAGUGCCAACUGAACAGUGUAAAACUUACGAUCCGAAUCAAUUUUAUACUCAGGGAUGCUAUACCCGUGUGCUCGACUUCAUAAAUAGCAACAUAGGUCUGGUUGCUGGUAUAGCAAUCGGUGUGGCUUUCUACCCUUUGGUUGGCGUUUUCCUAGCAUGUUGCUUAGCCAGCAACAUCAACAAAGUAAAAUACGAGCAGGUUGCUUAGAAUUUACGCUCACAGAACAACUCGCUGUACCAGUAAAGAGACAAUCCUUCAUUUUAUUAUUAACAACUUUUACAAAUUUCAUUGCAAAAAUUCAUUUCAUGAUCUUUUGUUUUUAUGCAUAAAAUAAAGAAUAGUAAGCUACUAUUAUUCGUUAUAUACAUAUAAUC